AUGAAGCCUCAAUUUGUUUGUGCCACUCAACCUUUGGCCCUGUUAUUGAGCAGGGAUUCUUUUUUGUGCUUCGAUGGAGAUGACUUCGGUCUCUAUUAUCCUUGGAGAGGAAUAGACAGUGACCAAUUUAGUGAAAAGAAUAUAGAUGAAGAUUUCAAAAGUUAUUUAAGCAGCAAAGGCGCUUUUGUGGUUCCUCCUAUACAAGAGCAACGACGUUUGAUUCAGAUAUUCCUUGAGAAUGUUUAUCCGUUAUAUCCUGUUGCGGGAAGAAAUAUUUUGAACGAUAUUAGGAGGAUUCCUAUCAUGCUAUUGAACGCUAUGUUUUUAAGCGCCAUAAGAUUCGAUACGUCUGAGGAUAGAAGUAAUAUAAGAUCUAGGUCGAAUGAGUUUUAUGAGAGGUGUAAGCUUUUGGAAUUAGUGGAAACAAAUAAAAUCACUUUAAUACAAUCAUAUUUAUUAUUGUCUAUACACGAGGAAGGCAUGGAAGGGGCAACCUCUUCUAAAGAAUAUAUAACAAAAGCAUGCAAUUUAUGUGGAGAACUCGCGAUUACAAAUAUGGGAGGUUCCAAUGGGGUGUCUAAGAACCACGAGAAUAAAGAUACAGAGUUAUCUAGCUUUAAAAAAGUUCAUUAUCAAAAACGAACCUUGACCCGUUUAUUCUGGGUUUCAUUCUGUUGCGAUCGUCUUGUAUCAGCUACAAGUGGAAGAGAAAUGUACUAUAAUCCUGCGGAUUUGAUGGUUGAUGGCAUUGAAUUGGAGGAUUUUGAUGAUGGAGAAAAUCAAAAAUAUGAUUUUGCCAUAUUUAGUUCCUGGUGUAGUGUCUGCAAAUUGAUUGAUCGUAUUCAAUCUUCUUUGUAUAGGCCACCACAAAAUAGAACAUUGACGGAUCAUAUUUUAGAGACUGAUUUAUUGAAUUGGCAUAUUGAAAAUGAGUUCCAAAUUGAGGAAAGGUUUAAGAAUUCUUUAAAAAUUUAUCACGCAUACGCUUUUAUCUUAUAUCUCCGCUGUAAAGUGGAUUCAAUAUCCCUUAUUGUUGGAGGUUCCGAGCUCAACAAUAUUCAAGAAGGAACCACAGGUAGGCAUAUGUCACUUAUACAUAAUUAUUCCACAUUGAUUGUAGAUCUUAUCGAAUCAAACAAAUUCAUUCACCAUGUUUUAAUAGUACAUGCGAUUUUACAUGUCAUUGCUUUGAUACAACUCGAAUCCAAGAUGCAUUUUGAAGACAGCCAUGGGCUGUAUUGCAAGAGUAUGAUGGGUAGGUCUGUCAAGAUACUUGAGAAUUUUAAAGACUAUUGGUGGUUUGCAGGUGCUGCCCUUAGACUAUGUAGAGUCGUUAUUUCUCCUGAGAUUUUUAAAUCAGAUAAUAACACUUGA